AUGGAACCAAUUAUCGGCUACGUAGAUGGUGCUGACUUAGGCUCAUCUCUAAGAAAUCGUGGCUCUGUAGGCGGCUACUUUUUGGCUGGCCGAUCAAUGACAUGGAUUCCAGUUGGGGCAUCGUUGUUUGCUAGCAACAUUGGGUCUGGCCAUUUUGUUGGGCUUGCUGGUUCUGGCGCAGCCACGGGAAUCGCUAUGUCUGUUUUUGAAUUUAAUGCUGCCUUUACUCUGGUACUUCUAGGCUGGCUCUUCCUGCCCGUUUAUGUGGCCUCAGGAAUUUUAACAAUGCCCGAGUACCUACGCCACCGCUUUGGAGGACAGCGCAUUCGCGUCUAUCUUGCUGUUAUUGCUUUGCUGCUCUACGUUUUUACCAAGAUCUCAGCUGACCUCUACGCUGGAGCCGUAUUCAUCCAACAAGCAAUGGGGAUAUCUAUCUACCCCGCCGCAAUCAUUUUACUAGUCAUUGCUGCUUUGUUUACUAUCAUGGGUGGUCUGACCGCUGUCAUUUGGACAGAUUUCGCCCAAGUUGUCAUCAUGCUUUGUGGUGCCUUAUACCUGUCCAUAAGAGGUUUCCAAGUUACUGGUGGAUUUGACAACUUGGUUGUGAACUACUUCAACGCCAUUCCCAACACAACCCGCGCCUACCAAAGCACAUCUUUUAAACCCACUGUAAACCUCAGUUCUUAUAAUCCUGACCUAUAUGGAACCGCUGGCGAUCGAUCUUUGGUUCUUGCUCAAGCAGAUCCAGCUAAUCAAGGCACUGGUAUUUAUGCCGAAUGCAUGCUUCCCCCGAGCGAUGCACUGAACUUCUUUAAAUCAAUCCAAAGUACCGAUCUGCCUUGGACUGGCGCCAUGUUUGGUCUUACUGUAAAUGCCACUUGGUAUUGGUGCACCGAUCAGGUCAUUGUUCAGCGUUGUCUUGCUGCUAAGAACAUGAUUCACGCUAAAGCUGGCAUUGUUCUUGCCAUGAUGAUAAAAUUGACUCCAUUGUGGAUCAUGAUCAUGCCUGGAAUGGUCGCACGAGUUCUCUUCGCUGACACGGUGGGAUGUGGCGAUGCACAGCUUUGCGCUCAAAUCUGUGGUAAAGUGGCAGGAUGCACAGACAUCGCGUACCCAUCUCUUGUGCUGAAUCUGUUGCCUUCUGGAGCGCGUGGAUUGAUGCUUUCUGUGAUGAUGGCGUCAUUGGUUUCUAGUUUGACUAGUAUAUUCAAUUCCUCGUCGACCAUUUUCACUGUUGACAUUUGGAGAUUAAUUCGACCACGCUGCAAAGACUCCGAACUCAUGAUUGUCGGUCGUAUUGUCGUCGUCAUUUUGGUCGGUAUUAGCCUGGCAUGGAUUCCUAUCGUUCAGCUCAGUGAUGCUCUGUUCGACUACAUUCAAUCUGUGACUGGUUAUCUGGCACCGCCAAUUUGCGCUACCUACGUCUUCGCAAUAUUCUGGCCACGAUGCAAUGAAAUUGGUGCGUUUUGCGCUCUCAUAAUCGGUCUCCUAAUUGGUGCUACACGAUUCGCUUGGGAGAUCUCCUACGGUGCCUCACCCUGUGGUGAAGUCCAAGCUAAUCCACCCCAUUUCCUUGUCCAAAUGCACUACCUCCACUUUUCCAUUCUCCUCUUUGGCAUCUCCUGUGUCAUUAUCGUGGUUGCCACACUCCUCACACCUCCACUACCACCAAAAUACGUGAGUAACUUGUCACUAAGCGCCCUUGUCCUCUUCUCGCAUGCCUCCCGGAGAUAA